AUGCAAUCUCUACGUUUCUGGCAGAAGAAGCAACAGCAAGGGAAUGACGCUGUGAGGCUGCGACCGCCUAUACUUCUGAAGUUCAGAAGCAGUAAGACUUUCAUUAUAUGUGCAGUUGCUAUGGCGAUUUUUACUGAUAUUUUCCUUUACGGAUUGGUUGUCCCCGUAUUUCCUUUUGCUCUUGAAUCGCGGGCAAAUAUCCAUCCUGAUGACGUGCAAACAUGGGUUUCAGUUCUCUUGGCCGUCUAUGGCGGGGGUCUUCUUGUCGCUUCUCCCAUCUGUGGUUAUUUUGCCGACCGCACAACAACGCGGCGUGGACCUCUCCUCUGUGGUUUGGCAGCUCUUGCCGCUUCGACUAUAAUGCUAUGUAUUGGUAAAAAUAUUGUCCUAUUUAUUCUCGGUCGAUUAUUCCAGGGAAUUUCUGCGGCAAUUGUAUGGGUGGUUGGGUUGGCUUUGCUGGUAGAUACAGUUGGGAAGGACGAGAUCGCAAGAAGUAUGGGAAUUGUAAGCGCUGCGUUGAGUGCUGCGACUUUCUUAGCGCCAUUGUUAGGCGGCAUAGUGUAUGAUCGAGGUGGAUAUUAUGCUGUUUUCGCAAUGGCAUUCGUACUUAUCGGCGUCGACAUUCUCUGGCGCCUCGUCCUCAUUGAGAAAAAAGUAGCAAUGCUUUACACUGUACCACUCGACGUAAAUGAGCAAGUGGAGGUCUCACUGUCUCCUAACGCGGUUAGCACCGAUAAGGAAGAGAAAGAAGCAAAGCCCGAUAUUCCCAACCCCAAGGAUACCGGAAUUGCAGGUUUCACAACAACGAAUAAGAAAUCUUCAAAACUACCCGCUGUCAUAACGCUCCUCCGUUAUCCCCGCCUUCUUGCUGCCCUAUGGGCAUGCAUGGCUGAAGCAACUCUUUUGACCUCCCUCGAAGCCUCUUUACCGCUCUAUACACACGAGAACUUCCAUUUCGGCCCGGUUGGUGCCGGAUUGAUAUUCCUUGCUAUCGUAGUCCCUGCUCUAUUGGCGCCAUUGGUUGGAUGGGUGUGCGAUAAAUACAGCCAUCGAUGGAUCGAAACCACGGGUUUCAUUCUCUGUUGCCCCUUUUUCAUCUUGCUGAGACUACCGACCGAUGAUUCAACGGGCAGUAUCGUAUUGAUGUGUGCUCUUUUAGCCCUACUUGGUGUAUCCUUCAUAAUGAUAACUCCACCAGCGAUGGCUGAGAUUACAUUCAUCCUUCAGGGGCUAGAGGAAAAGAAGCCAGGCAGAUUUGGAAAUAACGGGGCCUAUGCGCAGGGUUAUGGCUUGUAUAACGUGGCCUGGAGCGCUGGAACAUUGGUUGGCCCGCUGUGGGCCGGAUUUGUAAAAGACGCGGCUGGAUGGGGUACUAUGACUUGGUCGCUAGGCCUACUGAGUUUUGUGACAGUCUUCCCAACUGCCUAUUAUACCAGCGGGAAGCUCAACUUCCGGACAGAUUUUAGGAUCACAAAAAAGAAGCAAUCGGCCCAGGCAGACGGUUCUGGUAGUGAUUCGCCGGUCAGGAUCGAUACGGUGUGA